AUGGCCAAUGCUGAGGCUGCCGCAAAAGUUGACAGGAUGAGCGAUUUGCCUGAUGAGAUUCUCUGCCACAUUUUUUCUUUUCUUGAAUCUCAUCAAUCCAUAAGAUUAAGCUCUCUAUCCUCAAGAUAUCGGUACUUAUGGAGGUCAGUCCCCACUUUUGAUUUUUGGGACAAUCAUCAUUCAAAACGUAUCUUCGAAAAACUCAUUGAAAAUGGCUUGAAGUUUCAUAAAAAUUUGGCAACCAUCCGGAAGUUUCGUCUUUGGUGUAUCAGUCUUCCAUGCAAGGAGUCUCUGAUUUCUAAGUGUAUCGAUUCUGCUACAGCCGCAAGCUGUUCUAAUCUUCAAGUGUUGGAUAUUUAUCUAGGUGAGGGGUAUCUUGUUGAUUUAUCUCCUAUUAUCUUUUCAUGUAAAAAACUUACAAGUAUAAGGUUGUCUGGUGGAAUCUAUAUCAACGAAAUUCCGACCGAUACUCGAGUGUUCUUCCCAUGUCUUAAGACCCUCCGACUUAAAUCGAUUUCCAUUGUUGGCGGUAACACAUUGAACAAGCUUCUCUCCGGCUGCCCUCGGUUUGAAACUUUUAACAUUGAACGUUGCUAUGUUCUAUCUGGCAUAUACACACCCACGGUUAUGAUCAAUAAACUACAAAUAAAAUACCAACUUAAACCUAGUGGGAUACAUGAAGAUGGUGAUUCAAACCGUGUAUCAUCCCUGGCUUCUGCAAGCAUUAUUGAUCUUAAAACCCAUGAACACAAUUCUCAAGUCACCUUUGAUCUUUUGAACUCAAUCUCUGGUAUAGUACAGCAGAUGAUGUUAUUCACGAGUAGGAAUGAAAUUUACAACAGUAAUUAUGUGGAUGGACCGGUAUUUUGGCCAAAUUUGAAGCAUCUUGAGGUUAAAGCUAGUGAUAAUUUGUAUGACCCUCGAGCUUUGUCUCUCUUAUUGGCACAUUCACCUAAUUUGAUCUCUUUGGUUCUCGAAAAGGAAUAUCAAUAUUGCUAUGAUAAUUUGCAGACAAAUUUGUUACCAAACGUUUUAUACAAGAAGCUUGACACAGUUAAAAUCGGUGGAUUUGAUGGAAGAAGAGAGAUGGGAGUUGUGAAAUAUUUCUUGAAGAAUGCAUUGGUAUUGAAGAAGCUGAUGAUAGGACACUGUUACAACACUGGGGAAAUAAAUGAAGAAACAGAGGCAAGGAUCUUGAAAGAACCAAGAGCUUCUGCUCAAUCAGCGGUGGUUUCCCUCUCGCUCGAAUGCGUUUUUCGAAUUGCAGAGACGGUUCCGGAUGAGAAGAUUGGAAAUAGUAUCAUCCAACUGAUGAAGGAAAUAUAUAUAGUUCAUGGUGGAAUAUUGUCGGCUAACAAGUCCGUGCGGUCUAGGCGACCCCUGGUGUGCAGUGGCCUCGGUCCUAGGCAGUCCUUGACGUGCAUAGGUCUUGCUUGCGGGCAGACUGGGGCGGGCGUCCUUAGCCUUGUGCGACGCGUCUGUCCCGCUCCUAUGGGUGUCCUGGUGGGUGUUCGUCUCGGCCCCAUGGUGGAGGCAGUCUGCCUUGUGCUGGUUGUAGCUCUAUGGCUAGCAAAUGAAUUUGACCUUGGGAUGUAUAUCAUCGAUGGCCAACCCCAUGCCCUGUCCGUUGGAGUAUAG